AAGCCCUUGUGGCUCUUGUCCCCUGCCUCUGAAACACCUCUGCCGCCAUGGCAGUUUCAGAGGACUUCUCAUGGCUGUCUGGAGAUCUACACCGGCGCAACCGUGUCUUCAAGAACAACCAGGAAAGGCUGCUCUUCUACCUCACCGAGGAGGUGAACCGCACGCCUUCAGUUUUUGAGCAGGCGCAGAAGAACCGCGAUGCUCAUCAAAAGCGGCUCAAUGAAAUGCUUGAAGAGACAUUGCGCCAAAUCAAGAAAUGCCGGGCUCACAUGCAGCAAAAAAAGAAACAUGUCAUGGACACCACCAAGUCCUACACUGCCAAAUUUCAGCAUGAGCUUUCAGGAGCUGAUCAAGGCAUUCGCCGAGAUUUGCGCGAGGCCUUUGCCAGCAUGAAUGCGGCCGUUGAUGAGCUGAACGAACGCAUGACCUUUGCAGAGGAUGCUUUGGUGCAGCAGAGAGAGGAUCGGAUAAGGCACAUCGAGGCCACGCUGGGCCCCAUCCGUGAUGAGUCGCAGCGACUCUCUGACGCUUUGGCCAUUGAGACGCAGAAGCGGCAGUUGCAGGACCAGCAGCGAGAGAAGCUUCUCCAAGAUGAGGUGCAUGCUUUCAAUGCAUUGCUGGAUGAGGAGAAAUUCGACAGGGAGCAGCAGCUCAUGAGCUAUGAGCGCUGGGCCGAUGCCUCACAACAGCAGGUGGCCAAGAGCCAAUACCAACUGGAAAAGGAGGUGCGGGAGCUCACAAAGGACAUUCGUGCCGACCAUCAAGCUGACUGCCAGAAUCGGGUGGAGGCUCAACACGCUAUCGUGGACAGUAUUGCCUCCUUCAUCCAUAAGUACCGAGAGCAGAUCGAAAGGGAUGUGUCUCUUCAGAAUGUGUACCAGCAGUAUAUCAAGUGAGUGUGGCUUGAUGUGUGCUAUCCAUGACCAGUUACGACGUUGCAAGACGGUGUCUAACCUCCUCACCUUCAGUUUCACGUAGGUUGCGAUCGCCUAGGACGCUUGGCGGUGGAAUUUGCAACGUAUGUGAU